AUGCACAGAAAUUGCCUCACACUGCGUCUCGUGAACUUGUUGCAAAACGGUCGGCACGAAGAACACAUGGAAUUGAUUCAAUGGACUUUGAAUCAUUGGAAUGCAGUAGUACAUCUGCGAAAGCAGGUUGUUCUUCCUGAACCGGCACAGUUGUCUUCAGAAGGUCCUUUUAAUUUACCAAUUGCGCUCACAAAGUCAUUGUUUGCAUCAGCUCGUCAACAGCGUGUGGAAAUGGCCAAAGCACGUAGGGCCAAAAUAAUGGAACGCAUGUCUAACAUGCAACGUUCCUUCAUGAGUGGACACAUUGAAAAAUCUUUGGACACUGUUGCAGUCGAUACUCAUCCCAUGGAGGUGGAGGAGAAUUCGUUUUUUAUAGCCGAAAGGGCCUCACCCACGGCUUCCCCAUCUGCUCUUGGCCCGGACCGCGUCGUCUCUAUGUUUUUACCUACUGAACCGCCUACUGAUAUCGGGGAAAUGGUUACAUGCAAUCUUUGUCUAGAAGAUGUCCCUGCAACACCACAGAGUCGCAUGUGUCUUUACGGCUCAUUUUGGUGUGAAGGUUCUCGCGCAAUAUCCAUGAUUAAACAGUUAUUGGAUCUCAGCCCGAAUAUGCAUGGUGUACGUUCGGACGAUGAGCCGCCUCAGCCAUCAGAUGCAGCAACUGCAGAUUCUAUGCGUGAUUUUCAAUUGAAUGAGUUUUUGGCCGCGCUUUCUACUACUGCUGCGGCAGCAUCUCCAUCUUCCCUACAAACUGGCUUUUACCCCCUACCUGAAUUGUCGAAAUCAAACCAGAAGUCGAAAGAUGAGGCUGAAUCUACCGCUCACUGUCCAUAUCCGUUUUAUGGUAUGCUCGAGUGGCGGUGUCAGUUUGAAG